AUGUCGUCGGCAGUCAAGUCUCAAAAACUGAUACUCGCUGCCGGAGCAGCUUGUGUCCUCGCGCUAGCGGUAGUCUAUGUGCUCCGCAUGCAAUCGUGUAACAAAGGUAGAAAGCAGAAGAAGAAACCACAACAAGAGCAGGUGGAGCAGCAGCAGCAGCAAUCGGCAGAGUGUGAGGAAACAAAGGGCGAUGCUCUCGAAUGCUCAUCACUGGCGUCGGAUUGCCUCGACCAGCAGGAAAAUGAGUGCAUGCAAAUUUCUGCGAUAGUCGCGCCUGAGACAGGCGCUGAUGACUUGCGACUCGACUCCGGCAUCGGGAGCCCAAAAGGCACCCCUUCGUUAGAGAAUAGCGAACAAUUGGUUGAACAGGCAUCCGAUUUUAUUGAAGAGUCGUUCAGCGCCGUGUACUCGCAAGCCAACGGGAUUGACUCUUCGUCGCUCUUCGUUGAAACCUCGACGAUUUCGAUCGAGGAGUCUGAGCUUCAGCGGACACAGACGACUCCGAGACCAGAACCCAGUCCUCAAGUGGCGGCCGUAGCUGCUCUAGGGACGGCACUGGGAGCGAUUUGUCCGGAAGUUGAAGAAAUAGUCGCGGAUAUUUGUAGAAGCGCAGCCGCAAUCGACAUGACUGAGAAAGCCCCAGAAGCCGUCGCUUCCCCCGCCGAAUGCCCCACGGCGGAUGUUGGUGACUCUGCGAGCGCCGAGAUCGCAGAGCCUGCGAAGCAGCUCGAGUCCUCACCGGGCGCCUCGCCCACUCGCGAAAUCAGGAAGAGUGUCGCCAAGAAAGAUGGUUCCCCGGUGAAAGAGAAAGUUUCCCGACGCAAAGCGGCCACGCGUAGCAAGGAUCACAUAAACAAGGAACAAGUCGACUCGAGUUCUUCGAAGGCCAGGAACAACAGUGACGAUCGGAAUAACAACAAUGCCAGGAGACAGAGUACAGAGAGCGAUGUUGUCACCGACAGCAAGAGUGAGGGUAGCGCCGACUCCUCUCAAGCCGGCAGCGAUUCCUGUCCCUCAUCCGUGACCUCGGUGCUCUACAAAUUCAAACACGAGUUCGAGCUCCCCGCGGAUCUUUGCGGUCGUCUUAUCGGUCGACACGGCGCCAACGUCAAGGAUAUCCGCGAUAGGACUGGAGCGAUUGUCACAGUUCGACCUCAUCCGAUAGACAUCAGUCUCAAACAAGUCUACGUGGUCGGCAAACUCGAAGAGAGUGUCAAGCUGGCUAUGGCGGAGAUUCGGAAGAAGUUCCCGCUCAAGCUUUAUCCUCACUUGACGCUCAGUCCGAUGGACAGACAGAGCCUCGUAGGACUUUCCGGACUUACACCGAGUUAUCUGAGUCUUCCGGAGGACCAAGACACAAUGGUCAUCGUGACCGCGAUGGAAGGAUGCAACCGUCUCUUCCUGCAGUCUCCUCAGAACACAACCUACGAUCUGUUCAUGCAGCUCGAGUUGAAAAUGGCCGCUGUGCAUGGCGCGCCUGGCGCCGAGCCCCCUGCGCUCCCCGAGAAUUCCCUCCGCCCCAACGCCAUCUGUGUCGUUCAGGAUAGUUUCAGUUGGUACCGAGUGGCAAUCGAUCGCGUCAUCAGUCGCGAGGAAGUUCGUGUGAAGUUCGUCGACUACGGUGGCUUCGACGUCCUCCAUCCGAGUCGGUUGAAGCAGAUUCGCUCAGAUUUCAUCUACAUCCCUUUCCAAGCCAUUGAAGUGAUCCUCGCCGACAUGGAGUCUCCGAAUCCCGGAGGCACUUGGCCGAACGAGUCUAUCAACGCGCUGAAAUCGCACGCUGACGAAGCGAAUAAUAUCGUGCUCGCUCGUGUCGUCGGUUAUUCGGGAUCUGUUCCCUGCGCCCAGCUGACUUGCAUCAAUCGCGAGAGCGGCGACAGAUAUUCCUUGAGUCAUCAGCUGAUUUUCGAAGGCCACGCCAAGAGCGUCACCGACUCAAACCGGAGCUCCCCGAACGCAAGCGGAUCCGAGGGUUCGGAGUGUCCGACGUUUUCGCAGGCGGAUUUCCCCCAGCUGGGUGCGACUCCGCAGACUUGUUAGCCGUCGUUUCGAUACAAAACGCGCUCUAAGUGAUUCGCCCACGCUCUGGUGGUCAAACAAACCAGAAAGCGUGAUACUCCCAUUGGUUCAUGGUGCGAGAAGGUCGUCAUCGAGUUCUCGCACCCUCGGAUGGUCUCUGAAGGAUCACCGAUGAUAGGGAUGACCUCGCUCUCGAGUCUUCUUGUUUUUUCACUGUACAUACUGUGUGCGGCAUGCUCAGAUAGGAAAAACCGAAAAAAAAAACGCCUCACCUCGAAGCACCGCGACUUUAGCGGCGACUCCAGUAGGCUCUUUCCAACACGGCCGGGUGGGAAUCGUCACCGUGCAAGGAGAUCGCCCCCACUAGCGGACGGCCGCUUGCCUGGUCGCAGAGACUUGUCUGCGGAAC